CUGUCUGUAAUCGGACACCUCUCCUUCUCCCUCUCUGGGCAGACUCCAACUGCUGCUUUCCCUGGUUAGUUCCCUUCGGGUUCUGGAAGUUGUUACCCGGACAUGUCGGCCUCACCGGACCAUGGAGACGGGCUCUCUGUGGAGGACCAGAGGAGGCGGAACGCGGCGCAGACCUUCCGCGGGGAUCUGUACUCAGUCCGGAUGGAUCCCAGCCGGACCCGAACACGCACUCCAAGCGAAGCGGGACUGCAGCGAACCCAAGAGCCGGCGGUCCCAGCUCCUCAGUUGGACGACUGCGAGAGGAUGGGGACUCUGUUUGGGAUGAUCAACAAGUGCCUGCGGGGCGUGGGCUUCAACCAGGUCUACUUCGGGGACCGGACAGUGGAGCCAGUGGUGGUGCUGGUCUUCUGGGUUCUGCUCUGGUUCCUGGGUUUCCAGGCUUUGGGAUUGGUGGGAACUCUGUGCAUCAUCAUCAUCUACAUCCAGAAGUGAUGAUCCGAGUGGAGCUGCUUGGUCCUCCGGUGCAGACUGGUUUCAUGCUGACGGCAGGUCGUAGUCAGAUAUUUUGUGGAGCAUCACUAGUGGACGUUUGAAGUUAGUUAAGGUGGAAAUAAACCCUCAUCUGCGAACGUUUGGGUUUCCUCCUGGACAAUCAAAUGGAGCUGUUAUUUCCUGCUUUAAUUAUAAUAAUAGAAGCUCUGUGCAUUAACAGCCAAAGAUGAUAAUUUCCUCCAAA